UCUUUGCUUCAGAUUUUGGCAAUUUGGUCCCAAUUUUUCCAAGAGAUCCCCCAGACUGUGAAAAUGGUUCGAUUGGAGUUCUUGGGGAUGGAUUUCACCUGCGUUUAUGAGUCAUUAACCGAUGCCAAAUUCCCCCCAAAAGACUGUCUUCUUCCACUCAUCUCCAAGCUCUUAGGUUACGCCAUCGUUGCCGCAUCCACCACCGUUAAACUCCCUCAGAUAAUGAAAAUCAUUCAACAUAAAAGUGUGAGGGGUCUUAGUGUUUUGGCUUUUGAAAUGGAAGUGGUUGGUUACACCAUUGCGUUGGCAUACUGCCUUCACAAAGGCCUUCCGUUUUCGGCUUACGGGGAGUUGGCCUUUCUUCUGAUCCAAGCUAUAAUUUUGGUUGCAACUAUCUAUUAUUUCUCUCCACGUGUGGGCAACUCAACAUGGAUCCGUGCAUUGUUAUAUUGUGGCCUGGCACCGACAAUAUUAGCUGGGAAAAUUGAUCCCCUUCUUUUUGAAGCUCUAUAUGCAUCCCAGCAUGCAAUCUUUUUCUUUGCUAGGGUCCCACAAAUUUGGGAGAACUUUAAAAACAAAAGCACAGGGGAGCUUAGCUUUUUGACUUCGUUUAUGAAUUCUCUUGGCUCGAUAGUAAGAGUUUUUACCAGCCUACAAGAAAAAGCUCCAACAAGUGUCGUCAUGGGUUCGGUUGUCGGGAUCUUGACGAAUGGUGCAAUCUUGAGCCAAAUCAUCAUGUACCAGAAGCCAACAAAGAAAGAGAAGAAAAAAGAUUAGAAGAUCAACAAUGUGACCACUUUUUAUAUGCAAAGUUCCUCUAAAACAACCGUUUAGCCGUUUAGCCGUCGCAGUUUGCAUACAGAACCUCUCUUGGUUUGAUACAAUUGUUUUUUUUUUUUUUUUUAUUAUUGUUAUUAUUUUCUUUUGCAGCUAAGUGAAUUAUUCAACAAUCUUUGACAUGAUAUAUGUAGUCUUUAUGACUUAAACCCGA